AUGAGCAAUCAAAGACGUCUUUCAAAGUACAAUAAGCAAUCAAAGACAUAUUUUCUUACAUGGCAAUUUGGUAAUGACAUGAGUUAUGCCACCUAUUUUAAUUUCGAUAUUUUAUUUUUUCCUUUAUUUACAUGUCUGGGUAUUAAUAAAUUGGGUUCUUAUGCCACACAGGUUGACAGAGUUUCCCAUCUUGAAACUACUGGAAAAAUUUUUGAGGAAAGCAAACAAUUUUUGCCAGAUAUUACAAAAGAUACUGGUAUAACUGAAAUAAAGGUUCUGCAACCUCAUAGUGUUCACUCUGAUCAAGAGUCAGAGCCUCAUAAGGAUGUGUGCGACUCACAUGUGGUGGUGAAUGAUGAGGAACAUAAUAAAACUAAUAUUGUAUCAUCUCAGAGAGAUAGGCUUCAUCUUGAGCACACUUUUCCAAGAUAUGAAGAGUCUGCCCCCUUAGCUAAAUCUGAAGCUGCUAGCAGAAUUGGUUCUCAUAGUUUAGAAGAAGCAAGUGAUGUUGAGGACCAAUUGCUGAAGAUGUUUCCUGAUACAAAAUUAAAUGAUGAUGGUUAUGGAUCUGCCAAGUUAAUUGAAUCUGGAGCUGAUAGCUGUAAUCAAUCUACCACACUCCGCUUUGAGGUUAGCCAAUACACUGGAAGGAUCCACUUAUACUUUUGCUCUCAUGGAUUAGAUUCAAGACCAAGGCCACUUUUUCAAAAUUUCCUACCAGAGGAAUUUGAGUUGCAUCCUAUUGUGGAGGACAAUGAGAAAAGGAAGUGCAAAUAUAUCAAAGAUGAUCCAAGAUUUAGAUCUGCCAUUAUUGAAUUCAUCCACGAAUGGAACAAGUUGAGGCCUAUUGAGAAGAGAAAAUUAUCUGGCAAACCUCUACAACUUCCAUUGUCUAAUGAAUUGUGCUAUUUGAAUGAAAGUCUCAACCAUGAUAAUGAGGGAUUGCUGAAGGAACGAAGCAAGAGGCGCAAAACACCUUUGCUGGAGAUAAGCCAUCCAUUACCAUCAAAUGCUGCUUGGAGAACAGUCAAACUCCAUAGGGAUCAUAAAAAGGAGAAACUUUACUUACAGGGAUGGUCUGAUAUGAAUGAACCACUCUGCAAGCUCUGUCAGACUCCUUGCAAGAAAAAUAUGGCCAAGACGCCUCAAUACUUUGAGGACCUCUUCUGUUGUUUGGGAUGCUAUGAAGAAUAUAAAUCAAGAACUAGCUAUAGAUAUCUUCGUGAGGGGCUUUUCCAAAUUGAACGUGGUAUCUGUACCAAUUGCUGUUUACACUGUCACAAACUCGUUGAGCACUUGAGACCUUUAUCAUUAGAGAAACGAAAAGACUAUAUCAAGAAAGUGGCUCCUAAUAUAGCAAAGCGCAAGAAACUGUAAGUUCUUGCACAUAAUUAUCAAGUU